GUUUUGGAAGUUGGAACAACGGAUCUUCUGACAAGGGCUGCUCCGGCGACGGUGAGGGCUUAUCAGUCGGCGCUCUGCGGCGAGUACCUGAUCUCAAAUCCCCGAUCAUGAAGCUCGGGAAAAUGGAUGCCCGUACACACUACCUUCCAGAGGAGAUAAUCAGAAGCAUUCUCAGCCGACUUCCGGCGAAAUCCCUGAUCCGAUUCCAAUGUGUGAGCAAACAGUGGAAAACUACCAUCGAGACUCCGUCUUUCAUCGCAGACCACCUUCGUCAUCAAUCCCCUUGUCCUCUUAUACCAGGUAAAGACGGUCUACAUUUACUGGACUGUGAAAUGCAGGUGCCAAAACUGCUGGUGCUACUUUCGGAAAUUGAGCUUGAGUCUGCUAGCAUCGUGGGUUCCUGCAAUGGCUUGCUCUGUUUGGAAACCGUAAUGGAUCCUCCCGCUUUUUUGCUGUGGAAUCCAUUGAUUCAGGAGCUCCGGUGGACUCCCAGGGCUAAUGGUGCUGGUAAGGGUAUGAUCAAAGUAGGGUUUGGAUUCAGUCCCAUUAUUAAUGAUUACAAGAUAGUGGUUGUUUGCAUUGAGAGGUUUCCUCUUUGGGUUGUCCAUGUGGAAGUGUAUUCAUUAACCUCAGGCUCAUGGAAAGUAGUAGUAGUAGAACAUGAGAUCUUAAAGGGAAUCUGUCUAAAGAGUGCAAGUGUGACUGGAAACGGAGUUGUGUUUUGGCAUGGGGCGAAGGGUCAUGCCGAUAUGAUAGUUUUGUUUGACAUAGCAUUGGAAUCGUUCACAUUAAUUCCUUGGCCAACCAUUUCACAACCCAAUUGCUCUUAUAGACUUGUGGUUUACGAAAACAAACUCGCUAUGCUUAUUAAAAAUCGGUCAUUUGAAUGCUCUGAUUUGUGGGUGAUGGACGAGGGGGAUGUAGCAGGUUCAGAUGGUGAGAGAUGGAGUUGGACUAAGAAAUAUAACACCCCCUUUCCCUCCGACGCAUAUCCCUUGAUGAUUUGGAAGAAUGAAAUUGUGUGCUAUGUGAUCGAAAAUGCCGAUUUUGUGAAAUUCAGAAUUGCUCUCUUCAACGUCACUACUAGUGAGCUCAAAAUGACUGGUAUGCGUGGCUUUGAGUGUAUCGGUUAUGUGGAAAGCCUUGUGCCAGUUGGGGGGGGGGGGGGGAAAGAAGUUGAAUGCAACAUUUUUGUAGGGUCUGAGCUCUGAAGAGCUCGUUAACGGUUGAAGGUGAUGAACCAAAACUCACUCUUAUAUCUGCAUGCUCUAUUUAUUCUGCUAAUGAACUUACGAAGCAUGUUGCCUUCGUGCAUAUGUAGUGAUGCCAACGGUUAUUACAAUCGUUUAUCCCAAGAUUUUAGUUCAAGGACUGGUUUGUCUAAGAUUAGAGGAAAGAAUUGAUUUGGACUGAUUAGUUAUACUAGAGCUGGAAUUAAACGAGAACUAGAUUG